CGGAAGCACCUUUGUGACGUUAGACUGUAUCCUGUAUUGGCAUGGGACCGGACGUGUCGUCAACCCGACACGGAAGUGACGUAGCGAAGAGAGCCGCCGCAGCAACUGUCGGAUUGUUCUGGAAGACGGAGGGAAAAUGGCGGAGGGUGGAGGACGCCGCAGCAAGUGGGACCAGCCUGGGCCUGGCAUCAAUGGCCUCCUGCCUGGAGUGAUGUCCACCCCGGUUUCCAUGCCAACGGUGCCCAUUGUCCCUGGGGCAGGAGCUCUGAGCGCUGGGGUGGGGCCCGGGGCUGGGGCCCCUGCUUCCGGAGCACUGGACGCAGCGGCAGCCGUUGCAGCCAAGAUCAACGCCAUGCUGAUGGCGAAGGGCAAGCUGAAGCCCAGUCCCACGGUUCCUGAGCAGGUCUCGCUUCCUGGCAAAAUGGGGGCCAGCACUAAGAACAAGGACGACCUGGUUGUGGCAGAGGUGGAGAUUAACGACGUCCCUAUCAGUUGCCGGAACCUGCUGACCCGUGGACAGACCCAGGAUGAGGUGAGUCGGUUGUCUGGAGCUGCCGUGUCCACGCGCGGGAGGUUUAUGUCCCCGGAGGAGAAAGCACAAGCCACCCCUGGGGACCGUGCCCUCUGCCUCCACAUUCAAGGCCAGACUCGUGAGGUUGUUGACAAGGCUGUUAACCGAAUUAAAGAGAUAAUCGCGAAUGGAGUGGUGAAGGCCCAGAUCUCUUCCGCCUCCACAUUCAAUGAUGCCAUGGUUACCGUGUACCAUCAACCAGCCCCAGCUGUCCAUCCUUCAUCUGCCACACAGAAGUCACAGGCUGGGAUGCAUUACGUCCAAGAUAAAGUGUUUGUGGGUCUUGAGCAAACCACGCCGGCCUUCAACAUCAAGGAGAAAGUGGAGGGUCCGGGGGGCUCCUACCUGCAGCACAUACAAGCUGAGACGGGUGCCAAGGUCUUCCUACGUGGCAAGGGUUCGGGCUGCUUGGAGCCUGCCUCUGGGAGAGAGGCCUUUGAGCCAAUGUAUAUUUAUAUCAGUCACCCCAAGCCAGAGGGUCUGUCGGCUGCAAGGAAGCUGUGUGAAAGCCUGCUGCAGACUGUUCACAGUGAGCAUGCCAGAUUCCUCAGUCAAAUGAACUCUACAGCCAUUCCACCUCAAGGUUACCAGCAAGUGCCAGGAGGGGUUCCUCAGCAGCCCUAUUACCCAGGCCAGGGGUACCAGCCCGGCUACCCGAUGAACCCUGUUCCUAUCCAGCCCUCUCCGAGUUCGUACCCGAGGCAGUGUGGCCCCAACACCGCCCCCUUCCCUGUGUCAGGGGCUGCACAGCCGAUGGGGGUCCCUACACAGACUGCCCCCGGUGUUGGAUACGCGCCACCUUUACCCGCCAGUACGGCCAGCUACAGCGGAGUGCCAGCCACAGGGAGACCUGGACCCCCACUGCCCCCACCUCAGGGACAGAAGAGGCGUUUCACGGAGGAGAGCGAGGAGGAGCCACCGCUACUGGGUUACCAGCAUGGACCCAUUCAUAUGACUAAUUUAGGUACAGGGUCCCCUCAGACUGGGAGAAGUGGAGCUGGUGUGAUCUUCGCCGACUCCUGCGGCAGGGAGAAGGAGACGGACAGGCAACUGAUGCCUCCCCCGAUGCCGCUGCUGGACAAAGGAUUCCCACAGUCAGAUGACCAGCGUCACAUGUACGGGCCCUCGGCACCAUUGGAUCGCCCAGAGGAACCGCUGGCCAAGAUGCGGAGAGGAACCGAUCAGGGACCGCGACCGCUCUAUGGACAACAGCAAGCAGAAGACGAGGAGGAGGCAUCUCGGCGGCGAGAGGCGGCACAGAACUGGAGUGCUGGCUGCCGAUACACGAUGCCCGCCCAGCGGCCUCAGCAGCAGAUGCCCUUCUGGAUGGCACCUUAGCUCCUCCCCCUUUCAGUCCGGCCUGGGACUGAGGGCCAGAAGCAGACCAGCAGCCCCCUAACCUGCCCACAAGCAUUGCAUUGGCCCUGGGGAACUGUUAGCAUGCAACUGCACACCAAGACGGUGUGAUGGGUGUGGUCCAAGGCCAUGCUGUUUCAGCACCAAUGUUGUUUGUGUUUGUUUGGGUGGGGGGGUGGAAAAUCUGUCCAAAACUAUUUAGUUCUCUAAAAGUUUGCUCUCCUCGGCUUUUAAUCUUUGUUUAGCUGGUAACUGGGACUGACGUUAGAUUGGGACAGUGGGGAGGGGAGCAGUGAGAAAGAUGAGGCAGUAUUGGGAGAGGGGAUGUUGAGUGGUGGCAACUCGGGCAGCACAGAGAGUGGGGCAAUGUUGAGAGGGGGUAUUUGUGGGGGAGUCAGUAGUGAGGGGUGGGAGCAGUACUGAGAGGAGAGGUGGGGUCAGCACUGAGUGUUACCAGCUGUCACCCUGAUGAGAGGCGAUGCCACCAGUAGCUUUGCUGCUCACACACUAGCCCCUCAGCCCAAGUGCCAAGUGCUGGUAGUGCACAGGUGGCGAUGCUGCAGCUGGAAGACUCAUGGUGCUGUCUCUCCUGGCUGCGAUUCUAUAUCGAGCCAGCAGCAAACUCUGGGGUCUUCACGAUUCCUCCUCAAGAUUUCUCGGGUGAUGCUGAAAGAGUGUCAGUCUGUCACAGGGACAGAGCAUCUCCCUAUGAGAGGGGCAGUACCAAGAGUGCUAUUCCCCACACCCCACCCCUCUUUUCCCAGAGGACACCUCACUGCCCAGUCUGUGCAUCAAGCUAAAAGAUUUGAUCAACGAGCAUCACUGAAGGCCUUGCCGUGUCACAGUGGGCUGCCAUUCCCCUGGCAGAGUGCCGUGAGGUGACUCCAUUUUGCUUGUUUUGGAGAGUCUGAGUUGGGUGUGGGGUGGCUGAAUAGUGAGAAUGUUAGAAGCACUGCAUGUUCCCCCCUACCCUUGUAAGCAUUGGACAUAAGCCUAAGCCACUCAGGCCCAGGCUGUUUGUGUUGUCCUCGGUCCGUUACAGGGCAACUGCGGGGUGUCAAGACCUUCUAUUCUCUGGCCUUCUGUAAAUACUGUGACAAAUAUUUUAUUCUGCCCUUUGUAAAUAAAAUGAAGCUGAACCUUG